GUGCGGCUGAACACGCUGCGGCCCGCGCCGGGGUCGACGAAGCAGGCGAAACGCGUCGGGCGGGGCAUCGGGUCGGGCCUGGGGAAGACGGCGGGCCGGGGCCACAAGGGCACGCGGAGCCGGAGCGGCGGCAGCGUCCGCGUGGGCUUCGAGGGCGGGCAGACGCCGCUGCACAAGCUGCUGCCCAAGGUCGGCUUCCGGCCGCCGCGGCGCGAGGCCCUGGACCCGCUCAACGUCGGCGCCGUCCAGCUCUGGAUCGACAUGGGCCGCCUCGCGUGCGGCGAGCGGGAGCUCCUGACGACGCGCGACCUCGUCGAGUGCGGCCUCGUGUCCAAGAAGACCCGGGGCGUCAAGCUCCUCGGCGGCGACGGUUCCGCGCUCACGGCCAGGGUGCACCUCGAGGUGAGCCGCGCGUCGCGGGGCGCCAUCGCGGCCGUCGAGGCCGCGGGCGGCACGGUG